UGCACCAAUCCAUCGGUUGUCUCCAUUUAGCUCCUUUUUUUAACUUUUUUUUAUUCAUUCAUAAAUCGCGUCAAAAUGGUCCCAUUGUUCACCAUCUUUCUUUUAAUCGUGUUGAUAAUCGUCAUCUUGGUAACGUGCUUCGAGUUCUUUAAAAGCAGGGAUGUUAAAGAAGAGGGGACGUUUCUGCAAGAACCACCAAGUCCCAGAAGGUUGCCCAUCAUCGGACAUAUGCACUUAUUGGCUGGAUACGAAGUGCCUUACCAAGCGUUUGCGGAUCUUGGAAAGAAGUUCGGUAGUGUGUUCAAACUUCAGUUAGGGUCCGUUAAAUGCGUUGUGGUUAAUGAACAGAGAAACGUCAGGGAAGCUCUGGUCACCAAAGGACAUCAUUUCGAUUACAGACCAAACUUCGAGCGAUACCAAAGUCUGUUUUCUGGAAACAAAGAGAACUCUUUAGCUUUUUGUGAUUGGUCAAGCACACAAAAAGUUCGAAGAGAAAUGUUGAAAGCCUACACGUUUCCCAGAGCUUUUACCAACAAAUAUGUUGCUUUAGAACAAAUUAUCUCUAAAGAAACUCAACAGUUGAUCGGAAAUAUUGAAGGAGAAGAAGGUUCUGUUCAUUUGAAGCCAAUAUUGUUGAAGAAAUGUGCUAAUAUUUUUCUGAAGCACUUUUGUACAGAGAGUUUCAAUUCAAAUGAUGCUGAGUUCGAGAAGAUGGUGGAAAAUUUUGACGAAGUCUUUUAUGAGGUGAAUCAAGGUUACGCUGCAGAUUUUCUACCAUUUCUAAUGCCAUUUCAUCAGAAGAAAAUGCAGAAAAUGAGUAAGGUGACGCACGAAAUUCGAGAAUUUAUCACCAAGAAAGUGAUCAAAGACAAAUUCACUUCUUUCAACUGUGAGACUGAACCCAAUGAUUAUUUAGAGAGUCUAAUAAGGCACGUGAAAUUGGAAAAUCAGAAAGACAGUGAGUCACCUACAUUGGAUUGGGAAAUGGCUUUAUUUGCCUUGGAGGAUAUUAUUGGAGGUCAUUCAGCUGUAGGAAACUUCUUGAUCAAAUUAUUCGGAUUCUUAGUUGACGAGCCCGAAGUGCAGAAGAAAAUUCAAACUGAAAUUGAUAGAACGGUGGGAUCAGACAGAUCUGUCACCAUUUGUGACAGAAACAACAUGCCAUAUACAGAAGGAGUUAUAUUUGAAGCCAUCAGACUUAUUGCUUCUCCCAUAGUCCCCAGAGUAGCCAAUCAGACAAGUUCAAUUAAUGGAUACAAAAUAGAGAAAGGCACGGUCUUAUUCCUCAACAACUACGACCUGAGCAUGUCCGAAAAGCUCUGGGACUCCCCGGACAAAUUCCAACCAGAACGGUUCGUCAAAAACGAGAAAUUCUUCAAACCAGAACACUUUCUUCCUUUCGGAGGCGGCAGGAGGAGCUGCAUGGGGUACAAACUGGUACAGUUGGUCUCUUUCGGCGUUUUGAGCGCAAUCAUGCAACGUUUCAACAUCAGAAAAGUACAAAACGAGAGCUACACAGUCCCUGUUGGGUCGCUGGCUUUGGGCAAGGACACAUUCAAAUUCAGAUUCGAGAAAAGGUGAACUUCGGAUGAAGGAGACAUCUAUGCCUGUUUUAGUAUUUAUUUUUGAAGCUUCUAAAUAUCAAUUAAUGGGUUUUUGUUACCAAAUUGAGUAGCUAAGUGAAAAAUUGUUCAACGUAUUCAUUCCUCAUAUGCUGAAUGAAAUCAGAUCUAAGAGUAAUUUACGAAACGUGGUACAAUCCAAUGAAAGAAGGUAUAAUUUUGACAAACAGCAUCUGAAAAUAAGGGAAAUAUCGUCUAUAAGCAAAACACACAAAUACAGUUAUUCAAUUUUUGACUAUAGUUCAUAUCAAAUAAACUUUUAGUCACGUGAUUAAGCUUGACCGGCACAGC